AUGCCUCGCCGUCAGCCCCUCGAGCACGAGACUCUUCAACCGUGGACAGGAGCGCUGCCGCCACGAGCAUGGCAGGAGUCAGACGCUGUUCGCGUCUUGCUCAACGACAACUGGAAGUUCAGGCUCAGUGCCACUGCUGCCGUCUCGGACGCGUUUGCUGCGUCGACCUUUGACGACAAGUCAUGGGACAAGAUCCCCGUGCCCUCGCACUGGAAUCUCCAAGACGGCAAGUAUGGCCUGCCGGCUUACCAGAACAUCAAGUUUCCAUUCCCUGUUGACGCGCCUUACGUCCCGGCGGAGAACCCCACCGGUGACUACCGCUACGAAUUUGACCUUGGGUCGUGGUCCAAGGAGGGCUCCACUGUCCUUCGGUUUGACGGCGUCGAGUCGUGGUGUAAGGUCUGGCUGAACGGUGUGCUGCUAGGCACGUCGUCAGGUUCGCGCCUGCCUGUCGAAUUCGACAUUACCAAGACCCUGGCCCCGCACAACGUCCUUGCUGUGCGUGUCCACCAGUGGUCGGCGGCGACCUACAUUGAGGACCAAGACCAGUGGUGGCUUCCGGGCAUUUUCCGUGACGUGACUGUCAUCCACCGCCCCGUCGGCUCAGUCAAGGAUCACUUUGUCCACCAGUCAUAUGACCACGUCAGCGGCGCGGGCACCCUCAAGGUGGACUGCGACCCCGCUGGUCGCGUGCUCGUCCCCGAGCUGGGUAUUGACAUGGCCACUGGUGAGAGCAUCACCCUUCCAGUUGAGCCAUGGAGCGCCGAGGUGCCACGUCUCUACGAGGGUGAGCUGGUUACCUCUGGCGAACGCGUUCCCCUCAAGAUUGGAUUCCGCACUGUUGUCAUCGAGGACAAGGUGAUCAAGGUCAACGGCCGCCGUGUCCUGUUCCGCGGUGUCAACCGUCACGAAUUCCACCCAGACCACGGACGUGCUCUGGAUAACGAGACAAUGCUCGCCGAUGUGCUCCUCAUGAAGCGUCACAACAUCAACGCCGUCCGCACGUCCCAUUACCCGCCGCACCCCCAUUUCUUGGACCUGUGCGACCUGUACGGACUGUGGGUUGUCGACGAGGGCGACAUGGAAAGCCACGGGUUUGAGCUCUGCACCCCCAAGUGGAACAACAACCCUAUCGACGACCCGGACUGGGAGGCCGCGCUGGUGAACCGUACCGAGCGUAUGGUGGAACGUGACAAGAAUCACCCGUCGAUUGUCAUCUGGAGUCUGGGCAAUGAGGCCGGCAUGGGCUGUAACAUUGGUGCCAUGACCCAGUGGAUCCGUGACCGCGACACCUCGCGCCCUAUCCAUUACGAGCGCGACCUCGAGACAAAGUACGUCGACAUCUACUCGGAGAUGUACCUCGACCACCAGGCCGUGGAGGCGAUCGGCAAGGACAUCGAGACCGACAGAGCCGACCUCAAGGUUUCGCAACGCCACCGUGAUGCUCCGUACUUCCUCUGCGAGUAUGCUCAUGCCAUGGGCAACGGUCCCGGCGGUCUCACCGAGUACAUGGAGCUCUUUGAAAAGCACCCUCGUACCCAAGGCGGCUUUGUGUGGGAAUGGAUUGACCACGGCAUGCCCAAACGCGAAAACGGCCAGACAUACUACGCAUAUGGUGGCGAUUUCGGCGAGGAGAUCCACGAUGCCAACUUUUGCUGUGACGGUCUCGUCUUCCCGGACCGCAAGCCUAGCCCCGGUCUGAUCGAGUACGCCAAGGUCAUCGAGCCCGUGGUGAUCACCAGCGAGGCGGAGGGUAAGAUUACCAUUCGCAACCGCAACGACUUUGCCGACCUGUCGGCUUACUCCUUCACCUGGCGUCUCGAGACUGGCGGCAAGGUCGUCGCGGAGGGCAAGCUCGAGGUACCGCACGUGGCCGCUGGCGAGACCGUUACUGUCCCGGUGCCGUCUGCUCAGCCUGCCGCGGACGCGAGUGAGGAGUCGUUCUGGGUCGUCUCUGCCACUCUCGCCAAGCCGACCCUCUGGGCCGACGCCGGUCACGAGGUUGCCUGGGGCCAGUUUGCCGCUGCUAAGGCAGUCGCAGUCUCCGCCACCUCGACUGGUACGUCCCCCAUCGUCACCGAGGACAAGAUCACCCUCGGCCCCGCCACCUUCUCCCCCAACGGCACGCUCCUGUCCAUCGGCGACCUUGCCGUCACUGAUGGUGCUCAGCUCCAGGUGUACCGCGCCGAGACGGACAAUGACUGGCGCUACGACGAGCGCUUUGUGGACCUGACCCCCGGCGGAGCGUGGCGCCGUGAGGGCUUCAACCGCCUGCACCACGAACCCGAGGCCGUGGAGGUCACGGAAGACGCCGUCGUGGUCUCUACGCGGGUUGCCGCCGCUUCACACGACCGCACCCUCGCCACGACCUACCGCUGGACCGCUGGUCCCCACGGUCUCCGCCUCGACCUGACUGUGGACCCCGAGGGCGACUGGUCCGGCCUCGUGCUCCCCCGCCUCGGCGUCACUUUGGGUCUUCCCAAGUCCCUGGCCAAUGUCGAAUGGUACGGCGCGGGCCCCGGCGAGGCGUACCCGGACACGUGUCGUGCUGCCAAGGUCGGCAAGUAUGCGCUGAGCAUCGACGACAUGCAGACGCCGUACGUGUUCCCGCAAGAGAACGGAUCUAGGAUGGACGUCCGCUGGGCCCACGUCACUGGCUCGGACGGCUCUGGACUGAGUGUGCGUGGCGAGGGCGGCGUGUUUGCCCUCACUGCUCGCAGGUGGACCACCGAGCAGCUCUAUGCUGCGCGUCACACGAUCGACCUUGUCCCAGGACCAAACGUUUGGCUUGACCUCGAUGUGGGUCACAACGGCGUUGGAACGCUGGCGUGCGGCCCUGGUGUUCUCCCCCAGCACCAGCUGCUGCCCAAGCACACUGAGUUUAGUGUGGUGUUCAAGUCCAUUCCGUAG